UCUUUCUCUCCGUCAACUCGACAGGACCAUAAAUAGAAGCCACGAUCUCCGGCUCGCCUGCUCGAUCGGGCAAUUUCACUGCCCGCUUCUUUUUCCCCUGGCCCUCAGCCUCCUCUAGUAAAAUUCGAGCCCAAACAUGCCAACCAGGGUAUAGGCGGCGGCUCUGUUCAGAAAGCCAGGGUCUGGGGGUUGUGCUCUAUUUUGGGUAGUAGUUUCAGACACAAGACUCCGGUGGACAAUUGAAGGCAGCAAGGUUUAAUACUCAUCUGCAUAGCGACAAUGGGGUUUUUGAAACUUUUCAAGAAAAAGGAGAAGAAAGAUUCUGUUGAACCGGCACAACAGAAGACCGGCUCCAAGAUUGAGAAGGGCGAUCCAUCCAGCAGGGCUGUACAGAAGGCUAGCGGAAGCAAUUCUCAGAAAACAGGUGCUGAAGCACUGCGCAACGGCGGUGGAAGCGAGGUUGCUGGUAGCAGAACCAUUGGACCGGACUUGUCCGUUGGAGGUUUCGACACUUUUGCUUCCGGAGCCAACACGUCCAGCUCGAACAGCGGCAGCAUCUCUAAGACCGACUUUGUACCGCCUGCGAGCUCGGCGACAACUCAAUCAUCCCGCAAGAGUUCUGUUUCCGCUUCGUUGAAGAAGGACAACACUGACAAAAGAAAAAGCUCGUUCGGGAUUUUGCGCAAACCGUCGUUCAACCACAGCGCUCCAAUCACCGAAAACAACACCCCAAUCAAUGCACACAAGGUCUCGGACUUGCCAGACGAGCUUCUACCUGUUGUCACCUUGAUCAAUCACCAGCAGUCGAGAUCCUACUUCAAGGGGAACUCCUUCUUUUAUGACUCGACACAGGCUCAGCCGAUCUUGAAUCCUGUCGAAUUGGUCUCGAACGCCACGACUCCCGUUUCUCUGUUGACAGCUUCGUUCAACUGGGCGCCAGCCUACGUGGAGCUGAACGGUAACGAUAUCACGGUUGAACUAGAGAACUCUCCGACAACCAUCAUCAAUAUCUGCGACUGCGAGUUGACAUACAAUGGCGAUGACAUCAUACUGACAGUGUUGAUUACCAACCAUUCACUCAUGUAUUUUCAAUUUAACACGUUAGAUGAACUAAACAGCUUUUAUUCUGCAGUAUUAUUGUGCAAGUUUGAGUACCAACAGUUGCAGGAGGCAUACACCGGUGCGUUGCUAUCCUCUCAAGCCAUUCACUUCUCGGACAUUAGAACCCUUCUUUCUCCGCAUAACAAAAACGUCAAGGAGGAAUGGUGUGUCGUUAGAUUCCCUUUCUUGAAUGAUAAAUGGAUCCGAUGCUACUUGGUUGUGCAGCCGCACAACAAGAUUGAGAUCUACACCCACUCAUCUAAGGCGAGGAAGUACUUGCUCUCGACAAUCACUAAUGGGUUGUCUUGUUAUACAAUCUACCCAAACGAUCCUUCGCAAGUGCAGAACAAUUCGUUGCUGAGAUUGUAUGCAAACUGUUAUAUCAAUUCAGAUCUGUUGGAGGUCAUCUUGAACGACGACACCAUCAGCUCUACUGACGAAAAUAUAUCUUUGAUGAAUAAAAAGAGUGUGAAAACCAGAUCAUCUAGGUCUAGAUCAAACUCGAGAUCUAGAAACAACUCGUUCAAUAGAAGACUUUCUCAGGUAUCUUUGAGAUCCUCUCGUUCCCACGACUCCAACUUGUCUUCUUCAAACGAAAGCUCCAACCUCAGCUCCUCCCACCAACAUCACCAAAGAAUCAGCUCAGUUGAUACCACUAUUUCGGAUUCCUCGUUUACAAACGCUAAAACCCCGAAGAAGUUGAGCAAAAAGUCGAUCGCUAAAACCCAUCUGAUUUACAUCAUUCCCGAAUCCCACGCCAGUGUUAAGCCCUGCGAGAUUUCCUUGAGAUUGCUCAUUCCAAUUCUCAACUCGUACAAGUUGUAUGGUCGUCCAGCUAAAUUUAUCUCCUCCAGAACAGAUAAAAACUCCCUUCUUUUUGGACUGCCCCAACUACCCAACACCUACUAUCUCAAUGAGAAGUCAUCUUUGGAUUUGAUCAAUCUUAACAUUGGCAAUUCCCUCAGGGAAAAGUGGAGCGCCCACGACUGGUACAUGAUCUACAAAGAGCUUAUGAGUGCUCUUUUGAGUAAAGGCUGGAAAGGUGGUUCUUACCAGGGCGACCUGGUCAACAUGAACUUUAGCCUGGAUAUGGACAGAUCUCCAAGUCAGUUUGACUUCGAAGACGAUACUUACGAUCCUAUGGAAGACUUUGUGGCUGCUGCUUCCAGUAGUGCCAACCGAUCAGUCUCCGUCCCUGUUUCUCUGGUCAAUGAGUGAUCAGCCUAUUGUACAUGAAUACUUUACCAUUUCUUUACUGUUUUAUUUUUCUUCCUACGAUCGAUCUUGCAUUCUAGUUUUUUUUCUUAUUUCCAGUUUC